AUGUGCGACGCGAUAAAUUGGCGACGCGAACAGGGUACAAAUUGUGCGGCGCUUCUCCUCCUUUCAUUUGUCCUGAUUUCGUCUCUGCACUCUGCGUUGGCCUUCCACUUCUCCGCGGGGCUCCGCGCGGAUAAGCUGCGCGGGAACAUGCGCGGAUGGGUGCGCUGCGGACUGUCGAUUUGUAAAAGGCACAAACACGGCGGCGGAAGCGGCGGAAACGGAAAGGGCGGAAACGGGAAGGGCGGUGGGGGCGCUGGCGGAGGGACGGGUGGCGGUGGCGGAACGGGCGGUGGCGGAGUGGGCGGUGGCGGGGUUGGAGGUGGCGGAGUGGGAGGCGGAGGAAUGGGAGGCGGCGGAAGCACGAUGGGCGGCGGCGAAUUAGGCGGCGGAUUAGAUGGAGGGGGGAAGGACGGAUCUGGGCCGUCAUACGCUCCCGCAUCAGAAGCAGCCAUGGCCCCCGCAUCAGCCAUGGCCCCCGCAUCAGCCAUGGCCCCCGCAUCAGCCAUGGCCCCCGCAUCAGCAUCAGCCCCCGCAUCAGCAUCAGCCCCCGCAUCAGAAGCGGCGGCUCCUGGGGAUAACGAUGGCAUGGGCGGCGGAGCAAUUGGCGGCGGCGGAAUGGGUGGCGGCGGAAUGGGUGGCGGCGGAAUGGGGGGCGGCGGAAUCGGGGGCGGCGGAAUGGGUGGCGGCGGAAUGGGUGGCGGCGGAAUGGGUGGCGGCGGAAUGGGUGGCGGCGGAAUGGGUGGCGGCGGAAUGGGUGGCGGCGGAAUGGGUGGCGGCGGAAUGGGUGGCGGCGGAACGGGUGGCGGCGGAAUGGGGGGCGGCGGAAUGGGUGGCGGCGGAAUGGGUGGCGGCGGAAUGGGUGGCGGCGGAAUGGGUGGCGGCGGAAUGGGGGGCGGCGGAAUGGGGGGCGGCGGAAUGGGUGGCGGCGGAAUGGGUGGCGGCGGAGUGGGGGGCGGAAUUGGGGGCGGCGGAUUGGGGGGCAAGGGAAUGGGGGGUGGAGGAACGGGAGGAGGCAUGGGCGGACCUGGUUCCUCUGCUCCCGGAUCGCAAUCAGGCAUGGGUCCUGGAGCGGGCAUGGGUGGUGGCGGAAAAGGAGGGGGAGGGAUGGGCGAUGGCGGAUUGGAUGGGGGCAGCGGCAAUACGGGCGGGGGAGGGAUGGGCGGCGGUGGAACUGGUGGUGGGGCGACGGGUGGGGGUGCAACGGGUGGCGGCGCGACGGGUGGCGGUGCAAUGGGCGGGGGGGCGACGGGUGGUGGGGCGACGGGCGGUGGGGCUGGUGGUGGAGCAGGUGGCGGGGCAACGGGUGGCGGUGCAGCGGGCAACGGCGCAAUGGGCGGUGGGGCGACGGGUGGUGGGGCGACGGGCGGUGGGGCUAGUGGUGGAGCAGUUGGGCCUGUUGUCUUCCCAAGUUGUAACCAGCUCAAGGUUGACGAGUGA